GUAUACAUACAUACACUGCAAUCUAACCAGAACAUGGCAAUUGUUCACGGAGAUGUUCAUAAGCUCCGGUAGGGCUGGUUUGCUCUCUGUUUGUGGGCGAGGUUUACGAAUAACAAUAUAAGUAUUGCGAAUCAUGGGCCCUAGCCACAGUCGGUGACGAUGCAUGUCGUCGUCUUCGCUGGCUGUGAGGUUCAAUCCUGGUGGUUUUGAUAUUGGGGUUGCGCGGCGUGAAGUCAUGGCCGCGGUUGAACUUUUGAUAUGUGGAAUAUAAGUUUGGAGUCAUCGGCAUGGAAAAUAUGUAUCAUCAACUUCAAACUUUACAUUCAUUUUAAUCGACCAAGAAAAGAUGCGCUCGUCAUCUUCCUACCUACCGCUGGCAGUUAGCCUUGCAACAGCGUCCCCUCUUUAUGAAUCACCGCUCACUAUUCCAAACUGGGGAAAAGUUCAAGGGAAAGCCGCACUCAACAGCUCCGUUGCCUCCUAUGUUCCAAAUUGGGCUGACGUAUCCUUCUUUGGUGGAAUUCCCUUCGGUGCCUCUACUGGCGGAGCAAAUCGAUGGGCGCCACCAAAGCCCGCAUCUCCAUGGAAUGGCAUACUCGAUGCUUCGGACUUUGGUCCGAUUUGUCCCACUUCCAAUAUGGCUCUCACUGAAUAUGAUAUGAGUGAGGAUUGUUUGUCUAUUAAUAUUUGGACUCCUGCUACUUCCAGCGAUGAGAAGUUGCCUGUUGCUUUUUGGAGCUAUGGAGAUGGAACGGCACCUCCUCAGUCACAGUUCAAUGGAGGGGGUCUGGCUGGAAAGGGUAUUGUUUUUGUCACCUACAACUACCGAAACGGUGUGUUAGGGUUCUUAGCCGACUCCCGCCUCACCGAAGAAUCUGGCACCAGCACUGCAGGUAGUAAUUCCACCGGUAAUUGGGGAGUUCUUGACCAAUUCCUCGCCAUCAAAUGGGUCCACGAGAACAUUGCCGCCUUUGGAGGUGAUCCAGAUCACAUCACGGUAAUGGGACAAUCUUUCGGAUCCGCUGCUACCUACCACAUCGUCAACAGUAAUCUCACAGCCGACAACGGUAUCGUAGGUGCUAUAUCCGAGUCUGGUGUGCGAUCACCAAAUGAUGUUGAGACUAGCUAUAUUGCGCUCUCAUAUAUCAAUCAAACCGCUUCUGAAGUUCUUGGAGCCGCAGCUUUUGAAGCUCUCAAUGUCACAACUGUUGAAGAAGCUCGAGCACUUACAUAUGAAACCAUCAUUGCGAACACUGGAGCUCAAGAUCAACAAGUUAAGCCUGUACUUGAUUACUAUGCCAUUCCCGCUAAAUACAUCGAGACACUCCGCGACGGAGCCGGAAACCCCGUUCCAUAUAUCACUGGAGGAAAUUCUGACGAAUACGGUGUAUCCGACACCUUCACAACCACCGCCGCCGAUUAUAAGAGUUAUGUCGCCGGUAAUCUUGGCGAUUUUGCUGAUGAGUUUCUGAGUCUUUACCCCGCGGGAAACGAUUCCCAAGCGUCGCUUUCUGAAAUCGCUCUUGUUCGUGACCAAAGUACUGUCUCUUGUUGGCAAUGGAUGAACGGAUAUACCAACUCCUCCGGUGGUAUCAAUGGCUACACCUAUUUCUGGAACUAUCACCCACCCAAUGUUGGAACUGCAUCCCACGGUAGUGAGAUUGUUUACGCAUUGGGAAAUCUCUGGGCUCAAUCUGGUGUUAACUACACUGCUGAGGAUUAUUAUGUUUCCAAUGUGUUGAGUAGUUAUUGGGCCAACUUCAUCAAGACAAGUGAUCCAAACUCUGGAGAUUCUUACAAUAAUGGUACUUUGCCUGCUACUUGGGAGCCUAACUCUUCUACAAAGAGAGAGACUUUCAAAGUUGGGGCUGAGUAUGGUAUGAUUGCUGUUGCGUCAUCGCUUGCUAAGAUUGAGGCUUUCCUCAAAUGGUUUGCUGCAACACCAGCUAUCUAAGUGAGAUGAGAAGUGGAAAUUGAGAAUCUCUCAAUUACCGUAGGAUUUUGGCUUUAAUAUUGAGUUGAGAAGGGUUUAUGGUGUUAGUAGUCUUCUUGCGCCGUAGCAGAAGUUUGUUGGGAUUUUCUUUCUCAAAAUUAGUUACAUUCAUGUAAUGGUUAAAUUGUAGCACUUUCAUUCAUUUAUUUCAAUUGUUGCA